UCAGCUACCACGCCGUGCGCCCAUAUACCUUCCCAGUUGCCCCGUUACCCCGUUGCCCCGUUGCCCUCUAUUAUGCCUCAGGUGACACCGGAUCAUUACAAGCCCUUGUGACGGUAGUGUUGAGAUGGCUAUCCCGCCCACCCCUCCUGCUCCUGUUGGGGCCUCCGCUCUUUCUUCCGCCGUGGGGGGUGAGCUUGGAAGCUCUAUACACACGACGAUACCCCCCGAGGAGAAAACAGAAGGCUCGGAUUCGGCUUGUCGCGAGUCAGAGGAACGGGAGAAUCACCAGAAGAUUGUUGCGCUGGCACAUAGCCUUUCCCACCUGUCGCAAAAGAGUAGCACCGGUGAGGGAACCAACACCUUUCUUGACCCCACCGGCAACCCUGAGCUGGAUCCCAACUCGGAUCAGUUCAACUCGCGCAAGUGGACCAAGAACUUGCUUCGCGUGACCUCUCGUGAUCCUGAUCGAUAUCCUCGCCGUUCUGCCGGCGUCUCCUUCCGCAAUUUGAGCGCCUUUGGCUACGGCACCGCCGCUGAUUACCAAGAGAAUGUGCCAAACGUGUGGCUGAAAGGGUUUGGUUGGCUUCGAGACAAACUCGGCCAUGGGAACAAGGUCCGGAUCGAUAUCCUCCGCAAUUUUGAGGGAUUCGUUCGCAGUGGGGAGAUGCUUGUUGUACUUGGACGCCCUGGAAGUGGCUGCUCAACGUUCCUCAAAACAAUCGCAGGCGAGACCCAUGGCAUUUGGCUGGACCAAGGGACCGACAUUCAGUACCAGGGCAUAUCCUGGGAUCAAAUGCAUAGCCGGUUUCGCGGAGAGGUGAUCUACCAGGCGGAGACGGAGAUCCAUUUCCCACAGCUCACCGUGGGUGAGACCUUGCACUUCGCAGCCCAUGCUAGAGCUCCAGCAAACAGGUUUCCUGGUGUUACUAGAGACCAGUAUGCAGCACACAUGCGUGACGUUGUCAUGGCGAUGCUGGGUCUAAGUCACACCAUAGAUACGCGAGUCGGCAAUGAGUAUAUUCGAGGUGUGUCUGGUGGGGAACGGAAACGAGUCAGUAUUGCUGAGAUCGUGUUGUGCGGUUCACCAUUGCAAUGCUGGGAUAAUAGUACCCGUGGUCUAGACAGCUCAACGGCUCUCGAAUUCGUCAGGAAGUUGCGGCUGUCUACCGAGUACUCUGAGUCUACCGCAAUAGUCGCGAUAUACCAAGCAGGUCAAGCGAUUUACGAUGUUUUCGACAAAGUCAUUGUUCUGUAUGAAGGUCGACAAAUUUACUUUGGUCGCGCGGAUGAUGCCAAGCGAUUCUUCAUCGAAAUGGGAUUUGAUUGCCCGGACAGGCAGACCACUGCCGACUUCUUGACUUCAUUAACCAGCCCUACAGAACGGAAGCCUCGCCGAGGUUACGAGAAUCUAGUUCCUCGAACACCUGACGAGUUUUCUGCGCGGUGGAGAGAAAGUGCUGAGAGAAAGCAGCUACUUGCAGAUAUUGAUGCCUUUCAGAAGGAAUUUCCAAUAGGCGGCGACAAGUUCAAAGAAUUCAACCGCUCGCGCGCAGCCGAAAAGGCAAAAGGAACCCGUGCACAGUCGCCUUACACGCUGUCGUACUCGAUGCAAAUUCGUCUGUGCCUCCGUCGAGGCUUCCAGCGUCUCAAAGGCGACAUGAGUAUGACAUUGGCUAGCGUUAUCGGUAAUAGCGUCAUGGCGCUGGUGGUCGCCAGCGUAUUCUACAACCUAGAGCCUACUACAGCCAGCUUCUUCCAGCGCCCAGCGUUGCUAUUCUUUGCAAUCUUGUUGAAUGCAUUUUCAAGCGCCCUAGAGAUUCUUACCUUAUGGCAACAACGGCCGAUUGUGGAGAAGCAUGACAAGUAUGCUCUCUAUCAUCCUUCAGCGGAGGCAAUCAGCUCGAUGAUUGUGGACCUGCCGUCAAAAUUAAUUGUUUCAGUGGCAUUUAACGUGGUUCUUUACUUCAUGUCGAAUUUGCGUCGAACUCCUGGGCAUUUCUUCGUGUUCUACCUCUUCUCCGUGACAACUACAUUGACGAUGUCCAACAUCUUCCGGUGGACAGGAGCAGUCUCACGUUCUAUGGCCCAAGCCAUGGUGCCGUCCUCUAUUUUCAUGUUGAUCCUUGUUAUUUACACGGGCUUCACUGUCCCGGUGCGGGAUAUGCAUCCGUGGUUUCGGUGGUUGAAUUACCUAGACCCGAUAGCCUAUGCCUUUGAGUCUAUUAUGAUUAACGAAUUUAGUGGCCGCCGGUUUCCUUGCGCACAAUAUGUGCCUUCUGGGCCAGGCUACGAAAACGCUCCUCUUAGCUCCAAAAUCUGCAGCCAGAAUGGUGCUGUAGCGGGUCAGGAUUAUGUUGAUGGCGACCGAUACCUCAACGUCUCGUACCAAUACUACCGAUCGCACCUUUGGCGCAACUAUGGCAUACUCCUUGGCUUUCUUUUCUUCUCACUGGCCUGCUAUAUUGUCAGCAGUGAGUUGGUCCGGGCUAAGCCUUCCAAGGGAGAAAUCUUGGUCUUUCCUCGAGGGAAGAUCCCUGCUUUCGCAAGAAAGAUUCCUGGUGAGGGCGAUCUUGAAACCGCACCAAUAUCAGAGAAGCGGCCUGUCGACGACGGGUCGGAUCAUACGGCUGCAAUUGUUGAACAAACUUCGAUAUUUCACUGGCAAGAUGUAUGCUAUGAUAUCAAAGUUAAAGGUCAAACUCGCCGGAUCCUUGAUCACGUCGAUGGAUGGGUCAAGCCAGGAACUUUAACUGCCCUAAUGGGGGUAACGGGAGCAGGCAAGACGUCUCUCCUGGAUGUACUAGCCAACCGGGUGACAAUGGGAGUGGUCACAGGCGAAAUGCUAGUUGAUGGGAGGCCCCGUGAUGACUCUUUUCAGAGGAAAACCGGCUAUGUUCAACAGCAGGACUUACAUUUGGAAACAACCACGGUGCGGGAAGCCCUUAUAUUCAGCGCGUUGCUACGUCAGCCAGCAAGCACACCUCGAAAAGAGAAGAUUGCAUAUGUGGAAGAAGUUAUCAAAAUGCUAAAUAUGGACGCAUACGCUGAAGCCGUUGUUGGAGUCCUUGGAGAGGGUUUGAACGUCGAGCAGCGAAAGAGGUUGACAAUCGGUGUGGAAAUCGCGGCCAAGCCAGACCUACUUGUCUUCUUUGAUGAGCCGACUUCUGGUCUUGAUAGUCAAACUGCAUGGUCUAUAUGCUCACUUAUGCGAAAGCUAGCAGACCAUGGACAAGCGAUCCUGUGUACAAUUCACCAGCCGUCCGCAAUUCUAAUGCAACAGUUCGAUCGACUGCUUUUUCUUGCCAACGGAGGAAGGACUGUAUAUUUUGGUGAGCUUGGCCAGAAUAUGGAGACCUUGAUCAAGUACUUCGAGAACAAAGGAUCAUCAAAGUGCCCUCCAACUGCCAACCCUGCCGAGUGGAUGUUAGAAGUGAUUGGUGCUGCCCCCGGCUCCCAUGCUGACCGGGACUGGGCAGAGGUAUGGAGCCAGAGUUCUGAACGUGAUCAAGUUCUCGUGGAUCUUGGGCAAAUGAAGCAAGAGUUACUGCAAAGACCACCACCACCUCGCAUGGUAGGAUACGGAGAAUUUGCCAUGCCCAUUUGGGCGCAAUUCCUCCUUUGCGCGCAACGUAUGUUCCAACAAUAUUGGCGCAGUCCUUCCUACAUAUAUUCAAAGGCUGCGAUGUGCAUCAUACCUACAUUGUUCAUAGGUUUCACAUUCUGGCGGGAGCCGAAUAGCAUACAGGGUUUGCAGAACGAGAUGUUUGCGAUAUUUAUGCUUCUGAUCAUCUUUCCCAACCUGGUGCAACAGAUGAUGCCUUAUUUCGCAACCCAACGCUCUCUGUAUGAAGUCCGGGAGAGGCCUUCCAAAGCCUACUCUUGGAAAGCGUUCAUGCUGGCCAGCAUUCUGGUUGAAUUACCAUGGAACAUCCUCAUGGCUGUCCCGGCCUACUUCUGCUGGUACUACCCCAUCGGUCUAUACCGCAACGCCUCUCCAACCCACACGGUUAUCGAAAGAGGUGGCACAAUGUUUCUUCUCAUCUUGAUCUUCAUGAUGUUUACCUCCACGUUCAGCUCCAUGGUCAUCGCAGGAAUCGAAUCACCGGAGACAGGCAGCAACAUUGCCCAACUCAUGUUCUCCUUUUGCUUGAUCUUCAACGGCGUCCUCGCCACUCCAGCCACUCUCCCCCGCUUCUGGAUCUUUAUGUAUCGCGCCUCGCCUUUCACCUAUCUGGUCGCCUCUGUCCUGAGCGUAGGCAUCGCAAACAACGCGGUCGAAUGCUCCGACAUCGAACUCCUACACAUCCCCCCCCCCGCAAACGAAACCUGCGCCAGCUACCUGGACACCUACGUCCGUACCUUCCAGGCCAGUCUACUCAACCCGGACGCCUCGGCCGACUGCCAGGUAUGCACCUUCUCAACGACGAACCAAUACCUCACUGCCAUGAGCAUGAACUACUCGGAUCUCUGGCGCAACGUGGGCAUCCUCUUCGUGUACAUCGUGUUCAAUGCCGUUGCCGCCGUGUUCUUGUAUUGGCUGAUCCGCGUGCCGAAGAAGAAGUCUGUCAAGGACAAGAAAGACUAGUACGUGGAUUAAAGGUAGUAGGGAUUUGAAGAUUGGUGAGAUGGUAUGAUGUGGCGGCUCAGGCAGUAGAGGACACUCAGAAGUUGGUGAUUUUGCGUGGAGAUGCGAUGCGAUGCGAUGCGACGAGAUACGGAGACUUUCUCGUACAGCUUGCUUCAUUUAUCCUGGGGAUGGAGAUCGAAGAUCGGAGUGAUUUCAUGGUAUCGCUAUCGUGGUAUCUAGCUAUAACUAAAGGGCUUUGUUACUGAAUAGUGUUUUCAUACACCUUCAAUUGCU